AUGCAGGUUGAUCAGACGACAUCUCACGGACGAAGUCCGUGUAGGCACAUAGUUGGGGUCAAAAGUCGUCUUAAUGAUGUACUUAAUGGCCUUACAACAUCUAAAGAACGGCUAAAAGUAUUAAGUCACGUUUGUCACCUAGAAGAGCAGCACUCUACAGGAUUAUCACUUGUCUCGGCCUUAAAAUAUGAGCUUGAUCAGGCGUAUGUUCAUGUCAAUAAAUUCAUUCAAGAGCAAAGAACAAACCGUAGUGAGAUUGAUAUCUUGUUGAAUUGGUUCAAAGAGGAAAGGAUAGAGAAGAGGCUAAGGCGACAAACUGAGAGACUGAACAAGAAACUCGGGAAAGAAUUAGCAGAGACUAGGGAAUCUCUUUCAAGGGCAAUGAAAGAGCUCGAGGGUGAGAAGAGGACAAGAGAGAUAUUGGAGCAAGUAUCCAAUGAGUUGGCCCAAGGCAUUGGAGAAGAUAGGGCUGAAGUGGAGGAACUAAAACAACAGUCAGCAAAAGUUCGUGAAGAGAUGGAUAAGGAGAGGGAAAUGCUUCAACUAGCUGAUGUACUGCGCGAGGAAAGAGUACAAAUGAAGCUUUCGGAAGCCAAGUAUCAGUUCGAGGAGAAAAAUGCUCUUGUUGACAAGUUGAGGAAGGAAUUAGUGGUUCAUCUUGGUUCCAAGGCUAGACCGGAUUCAUCUUCAAGAACCAUCCCAAAUUAG